AUGACCCACAGGGUGAACAGCAGCGCGGAGCAGUCACACCUAGGGGUGAAGACUCCCAGUAUCCCUUACCUCAGGGUUCAUAUUACUGAGGCUAUAGGCCGCCAUCAGAGGCCCCGCCCCCAGCCAGGAAGGCCGUUGCGGCCCGCCCCUAGCACUCGCGCGCAUGCGCCCCUGUCUUCCCCAGCAGCGUGCUCCACAGACGCCCGUUGGAGGUUGGCUGUCCGCGUGCCCGAGAGCCCCGCCCCCAGUGGGCGUGCGCAUGUGUGCAGGCGCGGGGCCACAAGGUCCCUGCAGGAGAGGAGAGAAAGGGAGGGUUGGGGGGCAUCAGCGACCCUUUCUGGUGGUGUCUCCUCACCGGCAACCUUCGUGGCGGUCUCUUCUCAAAACCAGCUCUUUUUAGAUUCAAACUUCUCCCUCCUUUACUUGGAUGUUGAGCAUCUGCUGGAGCAGGUCACUCUCUGGAUCCUGGUUUUGACUUUUCUCAUCGCGGCUGAGGCAGCGAUCGUCCGUGCCCAAGCCUGCGGGAUGGUUUUAGAAGGAGCAUCUGCAGUGCUGGGAACGGAUGUGACCAUGAACCCUGGUGCCUCCUUGUCUCCUUUCACGGCAGUGCCCUUUGCUCCACCUGUUCCUGGCCCCCAACACUGGCCACCCCGGGAGCAGCACCCGCCACCCCCCAUGACCCCAUCUUUCCCUCCUGGCAGCACCCUGCUGCUGCCAGCUUUCCCCACAACACCUUUGCUGGCUCAUGGUGGCCAUGGCCCCAGUGCCCCUGGGGCUUGCAACGUCAUUUUCCAAGUCAGCUCAGAAGGGAGGCCAGUAGAGCCCCCCCAGACUCAGACCUUUGUCCUUACUCAGGCCCCCUUCAACUGGCGCAUCCCAGGGGCCCUCAGUGGGAGUGCUGUUUGUCCUGCAUCCAUAUUCCUAGCAAGUCCUGCGAUGGAGACCAUUGUGACUGCUCCAGAUGUUGGAGUGACUCAGGCUGGCAUGGGAGGCUGGACCCCCAGCUUUCUUCCUCGAGCGCCACCACCAGCUGCCCAGCUGGCGCCCAUCAUCCCCCCAGCGAACUCUGGGCCACGGCCACAUGGCACUUCCAGGGAGGGCAACUUGGCCACCAACCAGUCCAAGGCCGCGCAGGAUGACUCCUGUAACCCCAAGAGCGUGUGCGAGAACUUCCGACGUUGGCAGCGCUUCAAGCCCCUGGCCCGGAGGCACCUUCCGCAGAGUCCUGAUGCAGAAGCUCUUUCCUGCUUUCUCAUCCCAGUGCUGCGAUCCCUGGCCCACCUGAAGCCCACCAUGGCACUGGAGGAGAGAGAGCAGCUGGCCGUGCAGGAGUGGCAGCGCACCAGCAACUUUGACCGCAUGAUCUACUACGAGAUGGCGGAAAAGUUCAUGGAAUUUGAGGCAGAGGAGGAGAUGCAGAUUCAGAAGUUGCAAUGGCUACAGGGGGUACAGGGCCUGCCUCCCCCAGCCCCACUGAAGCUGGAUCCUCGGGGGCCCCCAGUCCCGAACGUGGGCCUUCAGCCAGGCACCCACAUUCCCACUGGCGUUGACGGCAAAGCCUGCGCUCCCAGGAAGGCCAGCCGCAGGGCCCAGCCUACCCGCCCGAAGCCACACAGAUCCCAGCGGCCCCUGGGGCCCAAGGCACCCAAGGAGAUUCCCCCUGGGGCUGUGAGAGAGUAUGUGGACAUCAUGGAGGUACUGGUGGGGCCUGUCCACUCAGCCACGGGCGAGUCAGAUGCAGAAUGUGGAGAGGACGGAAGUGAGCUGAAGCAGGAGGAGGACGGGACCUACCCGGACCCAGAUCUCCUGAGCUACAUUGACCAGCUGUGUUCCCAGGAAGACUUCAUCACCAAGGUGGAGGUGGUCAUUCACUCUCGAUUCCUGGAGGAAUUGCUUUCCCCAGAAGCACAGCUGGAUCUCUUGGCCCUAGCUGAGGAGCUGGAGCAGGAGGAAGGACUCACCCUUGAAGAGCUGGUGCAGAAACGACUCCUGGCCUUGAAGGAGGACAAGGGUGCGCGAGCACCCCCCAGUCACAGCGCACCCCGGAUGAACUCAAGUCAUUCUGAGUCCCGCGCCGGGCAAGGUGCCCAGAGGCACGACCGAGGCCCCCAGCUCGGGGUCUGCGAUGACGCCUGCCCACCAGAGAUGGGUUUCAAGGCCCUUCAUAGGCUCAGCCAGACAGACACUGGCCUGUCCAGGCCCAAAGGCUUUGUUCCCUCUCCCAGACAUCAGGAGUUGCCUCCAUUCCGGGCUGCACGGCCGUCCCCUCCCCAGGGUCAAAGGCGCCCUGGCCCUCGACUGGGCCCCAGGGAUACCUCUGUUCUCAGAGGAGCCUCUCCUGUUGAGGAGGCCCGAGGGCCCAGGGACGGGUCCAGUGAGGACGAGGGGGACCUCCCCAGCCUGGCCUUCCUCUUGGCCUCUGAGCACAACCUCCUGCCCCGGGGCCUGUGCCUGAGUCCUGCCCCUGCCUCGGGGCUGGUCGGCCCUGGAGGUUGGGGGACCCAGAGAGCUCCCCAGGGCCCCUCCCCUCAGGGAACAGGCCUCAGCCCAGCUCCUCCAGCCGCCGCCAAGUCUAGGACGCGGGCUCCGUGUGGAGGCCCAGCUGCUGGUGAGAAGCUGCCUGUCCCCGGGGCUGACCUAGGGGUCUCUGGGAGGCCAGCCUUGGCUCUGGGGCUGGAUCACCCCACACAGCUGAGAAAGAGAAGGUGUGACCCCUUUGCCUCAGGGGGCAGGAGGAAGCGGCACUGCAGCCAGUAG